AUGAAAGGUUACAGGACAGGGCUGCUGCUGCUGCUGCUGCUUCUGGCUAUCUGCUGGACAGGUGUUGAUGGUCAGACUAUGACACAGUCUGAGUCAGUGCUGAAAAGACCUGGAGAAUCCCACAAACUGACCUGUACAACCUCUGGACUCUCAUUCAGUAGCUACUGGAUGAGCUGGAUCAGACAGGCCCCUGGAAAAGGACUGCAGUGGGUUGCUACUGAAGCUCGAGGCACCCAGUACUACUCACAGAUGGCAAGCAAUGAUAUCAGCUGGAUAAGACAGAGACCAGGGAGAGGACUGGAGUGGAUUGGCUAUAUGAACACUGGAAACAAUGAUCCCACCUAUGCCAGUUCCUUCCAAAGUCGUUUCAUCAUGACUGAAAAUGUCCCCAGCAGCACCCAGUACCUGGAGAUCAGCAGCCUGAGAGCAGAAGAUUCUGCUCACUGUGACUACGGCUUUGAUUACUGGGGAGAUGGAACUGAAGUCACUGUUGAACCAGCUGGUUCCCCUCAGACUCCGUCCCUGUUCGUCCUCAGUCCUCUGUCCAAUCCUGACUCCCCCCUGAAGUCAGCAGACGAGCUCGGUCCAAACGUCUGUCUGGCCACAGAUUUCCGUCCAAAGGGGGGAGACGUGGUUCUGAAUCAGAAAGAGGGUCCAGUCAACGUGAGCACUGAUGAUGCAGUUCUGUCAAAGGACAACACCUACAACUUUGCUGUAUUCAGUAAUGAAACCAUUUACUCCUGUGGGAUGAACGGGACCUUCGGCAACAAUGAAGCUGAUGAUGAAUGUGGCAGCAUUUAUCCAGAAAAAGCCAAGCUGAACUUYUACCUGCUGCUGAUGAACGGAGUCCGAGUGGUGUUCACCAAAGCUCUGGCCUUCAGCACCGUCCUCACCAUCAGAGGCCUGAUCUUCUGAAACUGAGCCUUCCAGGCCACCAUACAGUCUGUCAGAAGCCCACCAAUGUGUUGAAUUCAUGCAGCAGAAAAUUUAUUUUCUUUGGCAUAACUGAGAAUCAAAAUAGACACACAGAAACAUUACAAUAUUGUUUUUUA